AUGACGGGAUGCGGAGAACGCACGUACAACUACGUGCAGGCUUUCCUCACCAACCGCACUGCCACUAUAGGCAUCGGCCAAAUCACUUCCACAAAGUUCAAGAUGCCCAGUAGAGGAACACCCCAGGGGGCAAUAAUCUCACCUUUGCUGUUCAAUAUAGGGAUGUGUCGUCUAGCACGACAGUUGGACCAAAUCCCUGACUUGGGUUACACGCUGUACGCAGACAACAUAACGCUGUGGGCAGCAAGGGGCCCUCUGGGACACAAAGAACACGUACUACAACAAGCAGCCGAGGCAGUAGAGAAAUUCUCGAGGAGCAGUGGCCUCAAAUAUGCUCCCGAAAAAUCGCAGGUUAUUCGGGUACACUCGAGGGGUUACAUAUCCAACGGACCUGUCAACAUCGUCGUGGAAGGACACGCAGUCCAAGAAGUCACAACGAUGCGGGUCCUGGGUUUCUGGCUCCAAAGUAGCGGGAAAGCGUCCCACACCAUCAAAACGCUCAAAACUACCACGAAUAACAUCGCACAAAUGAUCCGCCGCGUAACUUAUCGCAACGCGGGCAUGAAAGAACACGACACGCUAAGGCUCGUCCAAGCACUUGUGAUAAGCCGAGUCACGUACGGCCUGCCCUACCACCUGCUUAGUCACGAGGAGGAGAGGGCCCGCCCGUAUCCGGUCGAGGAUUUCCGGGACACGUUAGCUCAGCAUGAGCUGCUCGCCGAUGUUAUCGCCCUGGGGGCGUAUCGGAUGAGCCACGUCGGGGCCGUUACUCUCAAGGAUUCUGAAGCAGUAACGAAGAUUGUCAGCGUCGGUGAGCUGCUGGUGAAAGGAAACCGCUGCCUGGUGAUUGAUCCGGCGAACCAGGACGUGUGA